GGAUCCCGCCGCCGGGGCCGCAGCAUGGGGCGCUUCCGCGGGGGUCUGCGGUGCAUCAAGUACCUGCUGCUGGGCUUCAACCUGCUCUUCUGGCUGGCAGGGUCGGCUGUCAUUGGUUUCGGACUAUGGUUUCGGUUCGGAGGUACCAUGAAGGACUUCUCAUCAGAGGACAAAUCCCCAGAGUAUUUCUACAUGGGGCUGUACGUGCUGGUUGGAGCAGGGGCCCUGAUGAUUGCGGUGGGCUUCUUCGGGUGCUGCGGAGCCAUGCGGGAGUCGCAGUGUGUGCUUGGAUCUUUCUUCACCUGCCUCCUGGUGAUAUUUGCUGCUGAAGUAACCACUGGAGUAUUUGCUUUUAUAGGCAAGGGUGUAGCUAUACGACAUGUUCAGACCAUGUACGAGGAGGCUUAUAAUGAUUACCUGAAAGACAGGGAAAGGGGAAAUGGGACUCUGAUUACCUUCCACUCAACAUUUCAGUGCUGUGGAAAGGAAAGCUCUGAACCGGUCCAACCCACAUGCCCAAAGGAGCUUCUAGGGCCCAAGAAUUGCAUUGAUGAAAUUGAGGCCAUAAUCAGUGUUAAGCUCCAGCUCAUCGGAAUUGUUGGUAUUGGGAUUGCAAGUCUCACGAUCUUUGGCAUGAUAUUCAGCAUGGUGCUUUGCUGUGCAAUACGAACCUCACGAGAUGUGAUAUGAAGCUACUUCUACAUGAAAAUUACAAUCUAGAGCUUCCAUAGAAAUGUCACCGGAAGUGUCUCCUGACUCAUUUUUAAUAUUCAAGGGACAUUAGGAUCUAAAAUAAUAUGCUGUUAAUUGUA